GAAGUACUCGGGGAGGGCCGCGCAGUCGGACCGGCUGCUGAGACGAACGCUUCACUGGGGCAGUCUCCACUUAUCAUGGGGAGAUAGACGCUGCUGCCUGUAGCUUUUGAAAAUGGCUGCCUCUCAUUUCACCGGACUCACAGCUGUUGCUGAUGUAAUUAAAGAUCUAGACACUCAAAUAGCUUUGAUUGGCCUUGGUCCUCACAGCUCCAAAAAGAAACAGGAUCUCGAUAAGCUCUAUGAGCUGAAGUCCAAAGCUCGACAGAUUAUGAACCAGUUUGGCCCCUCAGCCCUAAUCAACCUCUCUAAUUUCUCAUCCAUAAAACCUGAACCAGCCAGUACCCCUCCACAAGGCUCCAUGGCCAAUAGCACUACAGUGGUAAAGAUACCUGGCACUCCUGGGACAGGAGGUCGUCUUAGCCCUGAAAACAAUCAGGUAUUGACCAAGAAGAAAUUACAGGACUUAGUAAGAGAAGUGGAUCCUAAUGAGCAGUUGGAUGAAGAUGUGGAGGAGAUGCUGUUGCAGAUUGCUGAUGAUUUUAUCGAGAGUGUGGUGACAGCAGCCUGCCAGCUUGCUCGGCAUCGCAAGUCUAGCACCCUGGAGGUGAAAGAUGUCCAGUUACAUCUAGAGCGCCAAUGGAACAUGUGGAUCCCAGGAUUUGGCUCUGAAGAAAUCCGACCCUACAAAAAAGCUUGCACCACAGAAGCUCACAAACAGAGAAUGGCAUUGAUCCGGAAGACAACCAAGAAAUAACACAUGGAAAGGUCAGGGGAUGGACAACAAUUUAUUUGGAGAUACUUGAGCUGAGACCUCAGCCAUCUCAUCCUUGGAAUUUUUUUUUUUUAAUGCUUUACAGAGAAGCAUAUAUUUUUUAUUAACAGUGCAGCAAUAUCUAUAAUGACUGAGAGGAUCUGCCAAAAGAAUAAAGCCUCCUACCCAAACUUCUGGUCCCUUGUC